AUGUAUCGGCUAGCGGUUCGAGAUCAGUGCAAGUGCGCCUUGCAGCGCUCCCUGCAAACAACAACAAAUGGCAGGCAUUACAGCAGCAACAACAGCGGCAGCAGCAGCAGCAGAAGGGAGGGAAGCAGCAGCAGAAGUGGACAUGAAAAUGGACAUGGUCUACCACCGCCGCCACAUAUGCGAGAAGCUGGCUUCGGCAAGUUUUUAGUCCUAGUCGCUCCCCUGGCUGCUGUCGGCGGUGUAAUCACCUACGCCAAGUACGACGAUGGCUUCCGAAAAAUGGUGGAGAAGAAAGUGCCCGGGGCCGAGGCGGUGAUCAAAGUGGCCCUUCAGGAGGAGCCACCAUUCAAGGGAAUCACUCAGAGUGUCAACGAACAAAUCGACAAGGUGAAAUCAGGCUACGACACGGUCAGCUCCUCAGUGAACUCUGUGACCUCCAAGGUGACGGGUUUGUUUGGCGGCAGCAGCAGCAGCGGCAGCGACAAGCCCAAGAGUCCGGAGCCCAAGGUCCAGCCUCUGAAGAGCGAAGCUCCCGAGGUUAAGAAACCUGCCCCUGCGCCAGCAGCCAAAACUGAAGCGAAAACUGCCAAGCCCGCCGCAGCUCCAGCUCCAGCGCCACCAGCUCCAGCACCCAAGGCAGUCGCCCAACCCCUGCCCAAGGAGGUCGUCGAGCUGGAGAAGGCCAUUGAGCUGUCGGCCAAGCUGGCAGUCAAGGAAUACAAUGCUGCCAUUGCCGUGCUCAAGGGCUUCAAUGAGGAUGUGCGUCGUGUGGUCGACAGGGCUGUGGAGACCGGCGAGAAUACGCUCUGGACAACCCUGAGGAACCGUGCCAGUGCCCGGGACACAGCCGUUGCCACAGCAGAGAAAGCAGCGCGCGAGGCUCAGGAGAAGAUCGUGGCCUGUGAGAUUGCCCUGAGCGGAGUGGCCACGGCAGAGAACCACAAGCAGGUGGAGACUGUGCGAAACAAGAUCAAAAAGCUGGUGGAUCAUAUUGCCAACGUCAAGGAUGACCUGUAUAGGCAUAAGGAUACGGCCAGUGUGUCGGACAAGUACUGGCGCAAUGUGGAACAGGCUCGCAACUAUUUCAUCGAUGAAAUCGAGGCCAUCUUCCCCGGCCUUCGGCUCUCCGACAAGAAGCUCAAUCUCUCCAAGGAGGAUCUCGAUCUCUUCAUUCUUCACGCCUACACCCAUGUCCUGGCCUACCAGAAGGAGCUGCAGCGCCUGCAAACCGACGGCGAGCUGCGUCUCAAGCGGGCCAUCGACUCGGUGCGUGGCGACAACGAUUCGGAGGCUCUGCGCGCCCAACUGGACUACCACCUGGAGGCGGAGCGACGCAAGCUGGCUGUGGAGAACCAGAAGAAGAUCUUCCACAUCCAUGCGGAGUCCGAUAAGCAGCUGCGUCUGCAGCUCAAGAAGCAGGCCGAGGCCCAUGCCGAUCACAUCAAGGACAUUGUGGCUCAGCGCGAGUCAGAUCUGACGCGCAGCUUCAAGCGUGAGCUGGAUGACAAGCUGGCCACUGAGAAGGCCAACUACAAGUUGCAGCUGGCCACAAUGCUGGGCAAGCUGCGCGGCAUGGAUGCUGCCCUCGCGGACCGCGCCGAUGCCGAGCGUACGGCCAACCAGUCGCAGGCCUUGUGGGCUGCGUGCCAGGCCCUGUGGGCUUCUGUCCGCAACGCCACCCCAGGCGUCAGCUACAAAGACAAGCUGCGUCCACUGAAGAACGAAAUCAAUGCCAUUGCCAAGGUGUCAAAGGGAGACGAUCUGGUGGCGGCUGUGUUGGAGAGCAUGCCACGGGAGGCCCAAGAGCGCGGUGUCUAUCCCGAGGACGCGCUGCGCGAGCGUUUCCUCAACGUGGAACGUGUGGCCAGGAGGCUAGCCUUGGUGCCCGAGGAGGGGGCCAGUCUGCCCAUCUAUGUUAUGUCUUAUCUGCAGUCGAUCUUUAUAAUGCGAGCUGAUAAUCCCAUAUCCACGGACGAACUCGACAACAAACCCUUCGAUUACAGCAAAUUGGACACCUAUGACAUACUGAACAGGGCCAGGUACUACGUGGAUCGCAGCAACUUCCUGCUGGCCUUGAAGUACUUGAACCUGCUCCAGGGUGCGCCACGCAAGGUCGCUGGCGAAUGGAUGAAGGAGGUCCGCCUCAUGCUGGAGAUGCAGCAGGCGGCCAACACACUGAUGUCCCAUGCCGCCGCCAGCGGUCUUCUGUAUUUGUAGAUUAUGUCCCCACCCUCCAACCAAAACCGAUUGACUUGUUUUUUGUUCAGGAGCUAAAAAAAAUAUAAUAGAUAAAGAAGAUGCAUGCAAUAUGUAAAAUUCCUACAAGAGAACACACUUUAAACAAAAGAUCACUUAUAUAUAUUUGUAAACGAUUGUUUUAGCUUCAAUUAUACCAAUUAUAUUUAGAGAAAGGA